GCUGGGCUGCUUGGACCAUAAUCUACCGCAAUGAGAUUGUCACACAAAUUGGGGCUCAACUUUUCCCACAAUGGCGGGCUCACUACGCAAUACAAAAUUCCCCCUCCAGCGCUAAUACUCUUUUUCCUUGCGCUUUCGAGAUUUUUUUUUCUUUUUUUUCCGGUUGUUACCUUUGGCUCCAAGCUGUGAAUCGUUACCUGGGAAUUCAUGGCGUUGUGGGUGAAGUCCCUGUUGUAGUUGAGAUCGGGUUUCGAAAGAGAAAGUGCAGAAUCUGCGGCUAAUAAGGGCAGUGCGUGGAGAUUGCUGGAGCUUGGAGGUUUUGUUGAAUAGAGUCUCAACUGGAGAUCGUGAAGUCCGUGAUGACAUACUGAGAUGCCGGACAAGCGUCGCGAUUGUGAAUUCUGUGUGCUUGGUUCUGAAGCGUAGAUUGUUUUUGGAAGGUCAGUGCAGUUGCAUUUUGGUGUUUCGGGAUUUGAGAUUUGGGAUUUGAGAUUAUGGUGCGUGGGAGGAAGUGAAGGGGAGGUUGGUUAAGGCACGUCUAUGGAUGUGGGCGGCUUGAAGGCUUUUGCAGGCUCCUACUCCCAGGAGCUUCUCGCAACUCCCCGCGUAUUGUGGACGAAUGUCAGCUGGUGAAUAAGCACAAGCUGCUGCAACUGUUGGUCCAACGGAAGUCUGCAUGUAGAGGGGCCUCGCAGCCGCGGAGUUCCAAGGGAGGCAUUGUUGUCGCCAAUGCAGCUGUUGUGGAUGAUGUGGGCGCGGUUCCUACCACAGUUCUGGGGUUAUUGUGGCUGUGUUUCAAAGAUAUGGGAUCAAUUAUGCCCUCCUCUGUGUUGUCUUUCUCGUCUUCAAUGCCAUCCUCGUUAGCGGAAGUACAAGGAGCUAAAUUGCAAGCGAAGGCUAAAACCAUCGCGCACGGUAAUGAGUCUUCAGGGACUUUCGACAAUGUCGUUACAAAGCGAUGGAAGUACGAAGACGGUGGGACGUCCGCUGAGAGUCGUGCAACUUCAGGACGUUCGGCAUCUACUUCUGGGCUAGUCAGGCACAAAUUGAAAGGUAGUCUUGGGCGCAGCAUUGGCAGAAGGUCAAAGAGGAACUUAAAUGCAGAUGAGGCAUCUGUGGAUGAUGCACGAACUUCUCAAGGACUGGUGCGAAUUAAUGGGUCAUCAACAACUGCUCUUGAGAACUGUAGUCUUGAUCUGAUGAUAUCUGAGAUUAGGUCGAGUGAGAGGUUGGAAGAGGUUGGAUCUCGAAGCAUCGGACUUGCUCGAUUGAGUUCGAAAGCUAUCGGUCAAUCCAGGCCAUACAAGUCAAUAAAACAGGAUCUAAUGUCACAAAUUCGAGCAGAAGACGGUAGUGGGCUUUCUGGGGUUGAGGCAGAGCAGAUUGCAGCUUCUCCUAGGUCGCAAGAUGGUCGUAGUGAUGGAACUAGUACCAGUACAUUUGUUGAGCUUCUGGCUGAUGCUGCUGUUGGUUCGGGUGACAGUUCUGUUGUAGCUACAGAUUGUGCAAUUGGGGGGAACGGAACAAUAGAUGGUGUAGAUAUUUUUUCAACGGACAUUGGUUCAGGCCCAUUGGCAAAUGAGAGUAGGAAAUUGAGUGUUCAGGCGGAUAACUUGGGAAUGAAUAAAAACUUGGAAAGGGUUUCUGUGUUGGACAACGGUUCAGCUGAGCAAGUUUUCCCUCGGGAACAAACCAAGAUAAUUUCUGACGCCAAAAAAAGUGCCAUUCUAAAUAUUCACAAGCAGCUAAGCAGUUUGACUUCUAGAAAGGGAGGAACUUCUCUAGUUGAUAGGGGAGAGAAGAUUGUUGUAAGGAAAACUACAACUUGGAGAGACGCAGUCAAGUUGCCUGACACAAUUGAAGAAGUGCUGCCAGUGGAUUCUAAGAGGGAUCCAGCUGUGUAUUUGUUCUUAUAUGAGAAGUUUUUGGAAGCUGGCAGGCUGCGAGAUUGCGUGGCAGUUCUUGAAAGUAUGGACGAGCAUUUGAUUCUGAACAUGAAGAAGGUGAAUUCUUACGAGUUUUAUUCCGCUUGUAAAAAGAGACGUGCGCUGAAGGAGGCUUUUAAGUUUUCCCGACUGGUACGAAGGAAGUCAUUGCGAAAUUUUAACAUGCUUCUCUCCGUCUGUGCUCAUGCUCAAGAUGCAUCAUCGGCUUGUCGAGUGCUCGAUAUGGUAAAAAUGGCAGGGCUUCAAGCAGACUGCAUUUUCUACACAACCUUGAUUUCAGCAUGUGCGAAAGCAAGCAGGAUUGAUCUGAUGUUUAAGUUCUUUAAUGAGAUGGAAAUACAAGGCAUAGAAGCAAAUGUUCAAACUUUUGGGGCUAUGAUCGACGGGUGUGCACGAGCUGGAGAUGUACCUAAAGCUUUCGGAAUUUAUAAGAAAAUGUUGAACCAGGAAGUGGAACCAGAUCGAGUAAUCUUCAAUACAUUGAUCACUGCAUGUGGGCGUGCUGGAGCUUUUCUGCGAGCGUUUGAGGUUCUGGCAGAUAUGCGAGAUGCGCCCCAACCUAUCGCACUGGAUCAUAUCACCUAUGGCGCCCUUAUUGCGGCUUGUAGUCGCGCUGGCGAAGUGGAAAGGGCUCUGGAAGUUUACAAGAGAAUGCGCUCAAGUAAGGUUUCUGGAACGACCGAAUGCUACACAGCGGCUGUUCACGCCUGCAGUCAUAAAGGUUAUCUAAAUAUCGCCCUGUCCAUUUACGACGACAUGAGGGAGGAUGGUGUGCAACCAGAUGAGGUUUUCUUUUGUGCGAUGAUGGAUGUUGCAGGGCACGCUGGAAAGAUUGAUGUAGCUUUUGCAAUCCUGCAAGAAAUGAAGAACAUAGGCACAAAGCCUAGCCCGGUCACAUAUAAUACUUUGAUGGUUGCCUGCAGCAAAGUAGAUGAUGCUGAGAAUGCAAUGCGUGUCUACGAAGAAAUUAAAGCUUUGGGGUUGAGGCCCAUCGUACCAACUCUCAAUGCCCUUGUGGCUUCUCUAUGUGCAGGACGGGAGUUGGAUAAUGCGUUCAAGGUACUGGAAGAGUUGAGAAAUUCUGGAGUAACUCCCAACAAGGACACGUACAAUAUUCUACUUGAGGCUUGCGAAAGGGAUGACCAAGCAAACCUUGCUCUUGAGCUUUACAAUCAAAUUAAAGGCUAUUCAAUAGAGUUUACCCAGCAAAUGUGCGACAGCAUUCUUGGUCUCUGCGUAAGUCGCGUUGAAUGCGGUGCUCCGCCUCUUCAAGAUCCUAAGCUUCUCUGUAUAAAGACCAUUGAAGAUGAUUUAGACUUGCAUCAAUUUUGGACAAACCAGGGGCUGGUCGUUUAUGAUGAACUGCUAUCUGCUGGUCUUACCCCCACACUAGAAACUGUAAAUCGAGUUCUUGGCUGCAUGCGCGUAUCUAAACGGAAUUCACGAUUCCUCUUGUCUGACGAAGGCUGCUCAAACUCACGAAGACAUAAUAAGAACCGAAUUUUCUUUAAUGUUGAAGAAGCGUGUAGCGUGUACCUGCCUCGGGCUCUGACCCUUUAUGAGGAGGCAAGAAGCUUGGGUGUUAUUCAAGAAGUGGAUUAUGCUGUUGCACCAAUUUUUGUUGAUAUGAGAACCUUUCCAAUUUACGCCGUCGAGGUUGGUGUUCUUGUCCUCCUCAAGGACCUAAAACAACGGCAAGAAUUAGGAUUGUAUUUAAAUUCGGUGAAACUGAUCUUUGCGGUAGAAGUCAAAGAAGUGUUCACCGCAAAUGGUGGUUUCAGGAGGGUUCGAGUCUCUUCAAGGACUGGACAAGCAGUGAAAACCUUGUUGAGGAAACUGCGAAUAAACUACCGGGACUACGACAGUGUAGGGGAAGUCACCAUCACUAACUCAGCAAUUCGCAACUGGUUUCGAGCUGCACAGAGAGCUCAUCAGAGAUCAGUUAGUAUGCAAGCAGUGGAAACAAACUCCUCAACCUGCAGUACGGAAUCGUUGACAGCGGUAACCAGACCAGAACAGAGACUUUUGCAUUAUUUACCGUCUGUUGAAAGUGCUUCAGUGGUGUAGAAUAGGAAUCCCCGACUGUCGAUCUUCUGAUCAUCGAGAGUCGGCACACAAAUGCAGGAAACGAGCAUUAAAUUUGUUAUCUCCUUGUGAAUGAAAGUCUCGUUUUUCCUGCACA